AUGUCCAAACGAAUUCAAUCCUUCUUCCAACCGAUCUCCAAGGAACCCAAACCAGACCCAUCACCUGACCACCCCCUUUCGGCCCUCGCCUCCACUAAACCUCCCAAACCUAUAACAACCCAUCCCCACCUCGACCUCCUCUACUUCCAACCACUCCUCUCACCCCUAGCAGCACGCGCCCUCUUCCACUUCCUCUGGGCCGAACUCCCAUUCUACCGCGUCCAAUACACCAUCCGCCGCGGUCCCACCCAAACCAAAAUCACCACACCAAGAUACACAACCGUCUUCGGCAUCGACACAACCUCCUACUUCCAUACUGCCCCAAUCACAAAAACACAAACACCCACCCUCCACUCAAAAUCCACCAACCUUCCCAACCCAAGCACGAAAUAUAAAUGCACCCCCCGUCCAAUCCCCCCCUGCCUUGAAGCCCUCCGCCUCGCAGUCCAAUCCGCCACCCAUGACACCGUCGACUACAACUUCAUCCUGGUAAACUACUACGCCACCGGCGACGACAGCAUAGCCUACCACUCCGACGACGAGCGGUUCCUAGGUCCCAGCCCGGCCAUCGCGAGUCUGUCACUGGGUGCGGAGCGGGAUUUUCUGUUAAAGCAUAAGCCCGGGGUUGAGGCGGGGCCGUUGAAGUUCCCGCUUGGGAGUGGGGAUAUGGUUGUUAUGAGGGGGGAAGAGGGAGAGUGUAGGAUGGGGAGGAUUAAUGUUACGUUUCGGAGGGCGUUGGUUCCUGGGGGGACGAAGAAUUAUUAUAGGUAUAAUGUUGGGGAGGGGGCCGUUUGGCGGUGGGGAGAGGAGGUUGGGAGGAUGGUCUGUGUUGAUGGAGAGGGCUGA